AUGGGGGCAAGUUGCUAAUCUUGUUGUGCUAAUAAGGACAAUGAUAAUACAGAAAUGAAAUUAACUUAGGAUAAAGCAAAACCUAAGUCUAAUAAAUAAGAAAAUGAUCAAAAAAAAGAAGAAUAAAAGGUUUAAGUUAAAGAACAUGAAAGAUUUAAUAUUGAUUAAGAAUAAUAAAAAUAAAAGAAAGAUUCAAAAAAAGAACAAAAAAAAGAAUCUGCAAAAGAAGCUCCUACUAAGAAUGUUGAUGAAAAUUCAAAAAAAUCAUUAGAAUAAGAUAAAUAAUUAAAUAUAUCUGCAAACCAUUCAGUUAGUAUGAAUGUAGCAAGUAAUCAAGAAGGAAAUGACCUCAUUAAAAGUACUAUGAAUUGUACUGAAAGAAAGAAGUUACCUCCAAUAUAACUAGAGUCUGGUGCUGUUUAUGAAGGAGAGUGGAAAAAUGGUAUGAGAGAUGGAUAUGGAAAAUAAAAAUGGCCAGAUGGUUCAAUUUAUGAAGGAGAAUGGGUUGAAGAUAAGUCUUCAGGAAGAGUAAAAUUAAACUAUUAUAUAUAGGGUAGAUUGACUCAUGCAGAUGGAGAUGUUUAUGAUGGAGAAUGGAAAAAUGAUAAAGCUAAUGGUAAAGGAACAUAUGUACAUGUAAAUGGUGCCAAAUAUGAAGGAGAGGUAAAAUUAAAUUCUAUUUCUAGUGGGAAAAUGAUAAAUAACAUGGUAAAGGAGUUGAAAAUUGGCCAGAUGGAGCUAAAUAUGAAGGUUAAUAUUUUGAAGGUAAAAAACAUGGAAAAGGUAUACUCAAUUUUGCUGAUGGUUCAAGAUAUGAUGGUAUAGAUUUAAUCAAUAUUUUAAGGUGAGUUCCUCCAAAAUGAUAUACAUGGAGAAGGAACUUAUAUUUGGCCAGAUAAAAGAGUUUAUAAAGGUUAAUGGAAGAAGAAUAAAAUGCAUGGAAAAGGAUAGAUUAUUUGGUAGGAUGGUCGUAAAUAUACUGGUGUAAUGAUUUUCAUUUAUAUUGUAGGAAUAUGAAGAAGAUAAAAAACAUGGUAAAGGAGUAUUUGAAUGGGCUGAUGGUAGAAAAUAUAUAGGAACUUGGAUAUAAGGUAAGAUUAUGAAUUAAUUUUUUAGGAAGAUAACAUGGAAUUGGAAUCUAUUAUUUAUAAAAUAAAGAAGUAAAAGUUGGAGAAUGGAAUGAAGGAAAAAGAAUAAAGUGGUUUGAAAAGAAUGAAAUUGAUUAGUUAAUAUCAGAAUAAAAAAUUAAUAGAGAGGAUUUGCAUUAAUAGGAUUGA